UAUAGAAAGAAAAGAUAAUUAUAUAGUUGAUGAUAGGCUCCUUCACAUUGACUUAUAUAGCAGCACGAUCCCAAGUAAAGUACAAUACAAGGUGCUAGCUUGAGAAUAGAAAAAUGGUGAUGAGUUUAUCAUUUUCUUCGGUGACAGUAAAGCCUUUUUCCAUGAGUGUGAGCAAUAAGAAAGCAUGUCGUAGCAGAAGAAGAUUUAGUGUUACAAGGUCAGAAAUAACCGUGGCUCCCAAUCCCCAGCAGAGAAGGCAAUUAUCGAAGCAAGGAUUUCCUCUAACGGAUUUACACGUACAAGAGGUUGUUCACAGGCAGACUCAAAUUAUUAGUCCUUGUAGCAAGCCUAAUAUACAGUUUCAUUCAACUUUUCUGAAUGACGCCUAUGAAAUGUGCAGAAAUAUCUGCGCCGAAUACGCCAAGACCUUCUAUCUAGGAACCUUGCUUAUGACGGAAGAAAGACAGAAAGCUAUAUGGGCAAUUUAUGUUUGGUGCAGGAGGACGGAUGAGCUGGUUGAUGGUCCUAACGCUGCGUAUAUGAGCUCUGCUGUUCUUGAUAGAUGGGAAGAUAGAUUGCACGACAUUUUCAACGGGCAUCCCUAUGAUAUGCUUGAUGCUGCUCUUACUGAUACCCUCUCCAAGUUUCCCUUGGAUAUCAAGCCUUUCAGAGACAUGAUACAAGGAAUGAGAAUGGAUACGAGGAAAGCUCGCUACAACAAUUUCCAGGAGCUAUAUCUUUAUUGUUACUAUGUGGCGGGAACUGUUGGCUUAAUGACUGUUCCUAUAAUGGGUAUCGCACAGGAGUCGGUUGUCCCUGUACAAAGUGUAUAUGAUGCUGCACUAUAUCUGGGUAUAGGAAAUCAACUCACCAACAUUCUUAGAGACGUGGGAGAGGAUGCAUUAAGAGGUAGAGUGUAUCUUCCCCAAGACGAACUAGCCCAGUUUGGAUUAUGUGACAAGGAUGUGUUUUCAAGAAAUGUGAGUGAAAGAUGGAGAAAGUUUAUGAAACAUCAAAUUACGAGGGCAAGAUUCUACUUCAACCGGGCAGAAGAAGGAGUUUCUCAGCUUGAAAAGGCCAGCCGUUGGCCGGUUUGGUCCUCGUUAAUAUUGUAUCGUAAGAUCCUAGAUGCAAUUGAAGACAACGACUACGACAAUUUGACUAAACGAGCUCAUGUGGGACGAGCUAAGAAAUUUUUUACGUUGCCUGAAGCUUACACUAGAUCUCUUUCAAAUUACAAAACGAAAUUUCGUCCUUCUUUGACAAGGCUUAUUUAGCAAACUGGUAGCCUGAAAUUGUUUGUAUGCCAAAUACGUAUCCAAUGACAUAUACUUGGCUUCCUUGUACAGACAAUUGGAAAGAAAGUACUGAAAUCAAUUAUAAACCAAUAUGAAUGCGUGUCCUUUGCAACCGUCAACUUCCACGAU